AUGCCCUUAACAGCCACACCCUCGAACUUUUGCAAAGCAUGUUCUGGCAUCUUUCAGGGGCAUUAUGUCCCAACAAAUGUGCUGACCGAGAAAGACUUGGUUGAUGUUCAGGACACUGAUUUUGGAAUUCCUGGCUUCACAAAAGUCGAGACUGAAUGGAAAGUCAGACUGGAUUACGUAACAGGACAAGACAAACCAACUCCUUAUCUCCAUCACAGCCUCCGUGACCUGGCCGAAAAUGCGGACAAGUGUAGUCUAUGUGCUAUCAUGUCGGAGAGGAUACAGACGGAUGAACAACCAGCGGCUAUUCCUCAGAGGUUGAAAGAGAUGAAGGAAAGGGGGGAGAAUAUAAUCGGAAUCCCCAUCAUCAGGCCAAAACCGGGAACAUUUUCUGGCAUGUUCACUCUUGGGUUUCUGUACGUCACUUGGGAUGGAAAGAAGUGGCAUGGCCAUACCUUUCGAAUAUACCAUGCCUUUUUGUCAAUCGACACUUCGAAAGGGGACAAUCGUUUCAUAUGGAAACCUAAGUACGAUCGCCAAGAAUCGUUACUACGAAUCAAAAGUUGGCUUAGUUCGUCGCCGACGAUAUCAAGAUUGACUCCUCGGCUGCCAACAAGGCUGCUUCACUGCCAGCCAUCGACGGAACCAGGAGGAGACCCUACAGCCAAACUAGUAAAUACGACUGGUUUUGACGUAUCUACUCGCUACAUCGCCCUCAGCCAUCGCUGGGGAGCAGUACAACCACUCAUGUUAUUAAAGUCUUUGAGAGAUGCAUUUUUUAAGAACAUCCCCUUUAAUACGAUCCCACCAACAUUUCAAGACGCCAUCAAAUUGGCCAACGCGCUAGAAGUUGAGUAUAUUUGGAUUGACUCACUCUGUAUCAUUCAAGAUUCCAAGGAUGAUUGGCAGACCGAAGCUGCACACAUGGCCUCUGUUUACUCCCUGGCCUAUGUCACAAUCUCCGCUACUGCUGCCCAAGAUUCUGCAGCUGGCCUCAGAGAACAACAUCCAAUGCUCAAACAUCCUUGUGAGAUCAUUCCGUCUUGGACAGGGUUUGAGAAUCAGAUUCCAGCUGUUCCUGUGAGGAUCGUAAACAGGUCUGCUUUCUGCGACGAAGUUCUUGCCCAGCCUCUGUUUCGUAGGGGAUGGGUCUUCCAAGAAUGGAUCCUAUCACCAAGGACCAUCCACGUUGCUCGAGACCAGCUCUGGUGGACCUCAGCCUCGGACAUGACAUCUGGAGGGUUUGCCGCAAACGAGACAUGCGAAGGCUUUGACUUUGACGUUCAUCGAGAAUACAUCUAUACAAUGGCUCCAGGAACCCUGUAUUCCAUAGAAGGCCAAAGCGAGGAGAGUCUCCAGCUCGUAUGGCAUACUCUACUGCAAGAAUACAUGUCACGAUCCCUCACAUUUGAGUCUGAUCGCUUGGUUGCAUUUGCCGGUAUUGCCGGUUUCUAUCAAAGCCAUGCAAAGAUCCCACCAAACUCAUAUUUGGCAGGAAUAUGGCGUCAUGUUCUCCUUCAAGAUCUAUUAUGGACUAUAAGUGAGGGUAGAAAAGUCUCCCCGCCCCAGAAUUAUCGCGCCCCAUCGUGGUCCUGGGCGUCAGUUGAGCCAGCGCCGGAUACUAAAAAGAAGUUCCUGAUCGGAAGCAAUGACAUAAAUCUAGAAUUGUCAGAGACGGAACUGCCUUGGGUCUCUACAGCCACUGUUAUCGAGGCAUCUGUUGAAACGAUAGGGUCGGAAUUUGGGUCUGUUUCUGGUGGGUACAUUGUUCUCCAGGGGCCGCUGAUCAAGGCUCGCCUUUCUAUGAACAUGAUCGAUCUAUCGAAUCGUCUCACAGAAGAGCAGGCUUUGGAGUUCGUACCAGGCGGGAAGUUGCGAUAUGUCCAAAAUCGUGUUACGGUACCAGGGGGGCCAAGUGUGGCAACAAUGGGGGCAUAUACAGAUUUGUUGGGAACCAUGGCUCAACUCGAUGAUGUUAUCCCAACUGUGCUGGCUGAAGAGGUUGUCGAUAUUUACCUGUCUGCCUUCUACUGCCGCUUCAAUCGUGAUGGAAGCCCUGUUGGCCAAGCAUUGGCUCUCGUUAGAGGCAUCCAGAAAGGCGAGUUUCGUCGAAUUGGCCAAGUUACCAUGACUGGAGAGACCAUAGAGCCCUGGGCUAAGAAUAGGGAAUUCAAAUUUCUUAGUAUGGGGGAUCGACCUGGGAUCUACAACUAUCGAAUUGUCUAG